CAUCGUCUUCUUUAAUUCUACGGAUUCGCAUCUUCUCCCGCAGAUCUCCCUUUUAGCUUCCUAUACCGAACCAGAACGGAAAAUAAGGCCCCUAAAGGCCACGUGCACUCCUUUUCAGCCUCCCGCCUGUUCAUCUUUCUCCUACCUCCGUUCACCCUCCGUUCUCCUCUCCGAUCUUUCACUUCCCAGACCUCAAUUUCAGAGAAAAUGCCGUCCUCCGCUUAAAAAUUACGCCAACAGUUCGCCUUACUCAACUCCUGGUUGACAAUAUUCGGCUUCAUUUCAAAAAUCUGUACAGUUAUGGUCCGUUCAUGGUUUUUAUACGGAUGAUAGAUGAGGAUUUGUUUUUAUUUAAUGGCGGUCCUUCCUUCUUUGUCAUCCCGUAAAAAUGUUUUUCACAGUACUUUACUCUAUAUAUAUAGUUUGUAGUAAUUUUAGUAAAAAGGAUAGCCGAUCAUUUUGUUUCUACAAACAGUGCUCUUAGCUGAAGAGCAGCUUGCAAAAUUAUAGUAAUAUUUUUCAAUGGAAGGCACGUUACCAAGUUCAGGAUCAGGCAUGAUAUCUGAAGUUGAUGUUAGUGGUGGAAGUAGAAAACUUCGAAGAUGCUUUAUUGGUGUUUCUCACUCAAAAGCAUUUUCAAGGAAUGCUAUUCGGAGUGUAACUUCACUUAGACAGAGCAGAAUUGCCAAUGGUGCAGUUGGUCAGGCGGCAUUUUUCUUGCUCAAAAUUAUUGCACUAGAGAUGGUUCGAAGAUUCUCAAAGUCUAGGUGUCCUUUUGCUUGGCGAGGUCUUCAAGCUCUGCAGAUUCUUUGCUACCCACCAUUUAAAUGGAUUCAGAGAUGGGCUCCUUUCAGAGGUUUAGUCAAAGGCAUGCAGAUGUUGUCAAAGCCAUUACUUGUACUAUCAAUAGCAACAUCAAUCUCUGACCAGACAGAGUCUAUGGGUGGAAACUCCAAUGGCGUCAGUGAUUCCCCUUCAUAUUCUGAAAUGUACUCAGAACUAUCCUCUGAAAACUCUUCUACUGAUGCAAGUGCCUGUGAUGAGGCUCCACAAAGUAGUGAAUCUGAAACUUGGUUGGUGCGUCUCUCUAAAGAGCUGGAAAGUCAGGGUUUCAGUUUGCCAGAAAGACUUGAUGAAGACGAGCUUCAAAGAUUCUACACUGCUGCUAAUGGUGACUUUACAUCUUUGUUAUCUUCAAUUAAGAAGACAAUUCGCUGGAGAGAGAACUACAAAAUACUCUCAUCUUCAGAGCUUGAUAUGUGGUCACACAUGGUCUUUUGGCAUGGAUUUGAUCUGAAGCACAGACCUUGUCUCAUAGUACGGCUUGGGCUUGCUUGCAUGAGCUUGUCAUCUGAAGACAGACCCCGUUUUACCCAGGCCAUCAUAUCUCAGGUAGAACAUGGAGUCGUUGAGUUAGCUGAUGCAGAAAAUCCCCAAAUUACAGUUUUAGUGGAUUGUGAAGGAUUAACUCCUUUCAGAGUUCCCAUGCAAAUGAUGAGAUAUUGUUCUUCCCUUCUACAAGAUCACUUCCCAAACCGUCUCGGCUGUUUGUUUGUCAUUCGGCUUCCUCCGGUUGUCCGUCUCCUUGCUCAAACUUUUAUUCAAAUUUUGAAACCUGUUACGCGGAAAAAGUUGAAAAUUGAGGGAGAGACUACAUAUGAAAAGGUUCUAUCUGAGUACCUAGAAAUGCUACCUAGGUAUCUUGGUGGCAAAUGCUCCUGCACGGAAUGUUCAAAAGUAGAUUUCCAUGAUAUACAGCGAUUGGAUACGAACGAGACGGCAAACAGAGAGUUGAUUACUGAUGGAAUUCAUGGAAAUGAUGCAAUUUUACCAUCUCAGAUGGUGUAUGAAUUCGAUAAUCACUUACAUGGAAACUUCGAUCAGAUGGUAAGAACUGGUGUGAUAAGCAUCCUUAUGUUAUGGGCUUUUGUCGCCGUUAUUGUCAGUGCAUAUGAUCCCGAAAACCGAUUCUUUUUCCCUUUGUGAUCAAGAAGGAAAGGGCUGAGUCAAAGUUGCGACUUCUGCGUUUACAGAAAGGAAAAGUAAUGCAUUAUUCAUGUCAUGUUUAAUAAUGAUAUGUGGUAUCGUCUAUAGUUCAUGAAUUUGUUGUAACAGAUUAGCAAUAUUGGACUUCCAAAGUGUAUUUAUUUAAGCUGCAUAAUUUCAAAUAAUUGAAUUACAGGAGUGUCGAAGUUGGUAUUGCUAUUUCAAUAUUAUUAUGUGCAUUUAAGAAUAAAAAUAGGUUAAGUUAUCAAAGU